AUGAAACUGCAUCAUCCAAAAUAUUCUUCAGAAGUAGGUCUUAUUAUGGAAGCACUUGCACAGUACAAAAUUAGAGGUGGUAAUCUUUUUGCUAAGGAAUUCGUUAUUUCCAGCGAAAAAUCUAUGUCUGGGCAUGUUUGGUGGGCAGGAAUUUGCUCCAGUUCUAAAAUAAGUAGAUUGGCUGUAGACAUUUUAAAUUUACCAUCGUCAACAGCCGCAACCGAAAGAACGUUUAGUACUUAUGGUUUUAUUCAUCGGCAAAGAAGAAACAGGCUUACCGUGGAAAGAGCCGGAAAACUAACCUAUAUUGCCCAUAAUUAUAAUUUACUAAACGAAGAUCAUUCAAGAAGAGAAAAAGCUAAUGAGGAUUCUGAGGAAGAAAUUGAAAACGAAGAUCUCGGUUUCGAAAUUAUAGACUUGACUGAAUUAACUAAGGAGAAAGAAGAAUCAGAUGAAGAGGUUGGGGAUGAUGAGGAUGAUUUACCAUUAUCCACUGUAUUACGUAGUUCAUUCUGA